UCGACAUGGAAACCAGGAAUAAGCCCCAGCUCCUUGUGCUGCUGGCACUUUCCUCUGUGCUCUUCUCCCAGACGUGGGCCAGGCCUCCUCUCGCAGGGCCUCCUUCUCUGAGGUUGGGGGAUGGAAUAACAUUUGAAGAAGCAAAUGAACCUGAUCAACUUUCAUUAAGAACAGAUGCUGACAUAUUGCAAACUGUGUUAGCUGAAAACGACACACCCUAUUAUGAUGUGUCCAGAAAUGCCAGACACGCUGAUGGAGUUUUCACCAGUGACUAUAGCAGACUAUUGGGUCAAAUUUCUGCCAAAAAAUAUCUGGAGUCUCUUAUUGGAAAACGAGUUAGCAGUAACAUCUCAGAAGACCCUGUCCUAAUCAAACGUCACUCAGAUGCAGUCUUCACUGAUAACUAUACUCGUCUUAGAAAAAAAAUAGCUGCAAUGAAAUACUUGAACUCAGUUCUGAAUGGAAAGAGGAGUGAGAAUGAAUCUCCUGAGUCAGAAAAUUGAUGAAACGCAUGUUGGAGCAAAGCUGAAGACAGUUUCCCAGUGAUUCUUGAAGAAAAAUGAUGACAGAGUAAUUAAAUUUUGAGUUCUACAUAAAUAAUUCAAGAAAACAACUUUAAUAUCAAAACCAAAUAAUAUAUAUUGUGUUGUGAAUAUUGCGCUUUGUUUUAUCGAAUGUAAUGAUUGUGAUGUUUACAUUGGAAGCAUUAUUUUAGCGUUCUAAAUUUUGUCUUUAACUUGUAAAAUGCCUGUAAUUUCAUAUGCUGUCCUUUCUAACAAAAAUAUAUUUAAUGCUAAGUGAAUCCUAGGUUACUCCCAACUAUAUAAGAAGUUUUGGAAGAGCAGUAGAGAGAAAAAUGGAUGUGCUUAUUUAUAGUGUGUACAUAACCAGUCAAAAGAGGGGAACAGAUAAUUAGCGCAGAUAACCUUGAAUGUUAAGCAGGUUGCAUUGUUAAAUAAACUUCCAAAGGUCUAAAAGAAUAGCAACAGGAAACAUAAAAAGACAUUCUUCCAAAAAGAUGUCCAGAGAACCCUAUGCGUUUCCAUGUUUAUAGGCAAUUGUUACUUUUAAUGAGGAUUAAAAACCUCACAUUUGGAUUGCUAAUCACCAAAGGCUUUCUUCUGAUCUAGCGUUUCAGUUAAGAGAAAUGACCCCUACUUCUGACCUCAGACCUUCCCCUUAUGCUUGUGUUAUGUGUAAAAUGUAAAUGGAAUGGAACACUUGUUUUCAGUAAUAGAUAUUUUUUCCAUAAUCACUUAGAAUAAAGCUUUAGUCAUAUCAGCUUCCUUCAGUGAAAGUACAUUUGGAGACACAACUAUUUUUCCAAAAUGAUUAUAAGAAACCAAAUAUAGAAAUAAAGACUUUAUCAUUGCAAAUUCUUUCUUUUGUCUUGAUUCAUUUAAAUGAUUUAACAGUAACUUAUUUUAAGCACUGAACUUCUAGGCACUGGAUAGUUGUGCUGUUUGAGCUUACUGAUUUGCAGGUGAGCUCUA